AUGAGACCCAAGUCUGUCCUGAGCAUCCCUUCACUCAUCUCCGUGCUGGCGGAGGUCAGCAUGCUCGCCCAUUGUACUGCUGCCUCCAACAACGGAACAGUGGUGAAUUUGCGCGUUGAAGGGGCGAAUAGCACGAUCUAUGAGGGACCUAUCGUCACCGUUGGUCACAACGUUACAACAGCUUCAGGCGGAACGCAUCACUGCGACGGUACAAAUAAUAAUGCAAACCCGUUUCCAGGGCCUACAUGCACGAGUGCUCUCGACAACGCUUCUCAAUUUGCUGGGUUCACAUGGGAUGGCACGUACAACGUGAAGUACGAUGAUUACUCCAUCACGCGCAUUGCAUCUUCCGCGCAGACCACGACGGAAUUUUGGGGCAUUCUUCUCAAUUAUGCUUUAAUCCCCGUCGGCGGGUGCCAACAAGAGGUCGCAUUCAACGACAAUGUUCUAUUUGCGUAUAAUGCCUUUGGCGUUACCCACUUCCUCGAGCUGGCAGUGCACGGCUCAGCCGAUGUACUGUCGGCUGGGCCUGUGGCGCUUCUUGUGACGGAUGGGAGGACAGGUGUUACGAUCCCUGGGGCAGCGGUCACGCAGACGAACGGUGGGAUGAAAGCGGUGUCGGAUGCAGAUGGCCAAGUCGUAUUCAAUAUCACAAUACCCGGCAUAUACGCGUUCAAAGCAUCUCGUAACGACUCCGUCAGGUCCAACUCUGCGGAGGUCUUCGUACUCACCUGA